AUGAAUCCCGAGUUCGAGGGAUGGACGAAUAUGACUUUGGCAAAACUGGAGGGUCCAGCCAGAGAGCCGAGUUUCGAGAACCCGCAAAAACUGCAUCGCCUUUUUGGGCAUGUUCACCACUUCACGAGCGGCAGCCCACAUGGGGUGAUUCAAACUAGAAAACGGAAUGUUGCUCCAAGUAAGAAUCUCAUGCAAAGCUUGAGACAUACCUUCAAGCUCUGGGAUCUGAAGUUCUGGCAUCUGAAGUUCCAGGCAUUGGACUUUUUACCCGUUUGA